CCCAAUAGGGUUUCAACCACCUAAUACAGAUACUAAACCCUAUUCCACCACUACCGCCUGUCCGCCUUGUUUCAGCACCACCACCGCUGUCUUGGCCCUCGGCACCAUCUGUUCCGUUCAUAUCAUAUCAUCUCAAAACGUACAAUGGGCAAAGUCUCAAAGGCCGAUAAGAAGAUCGCUUACGACCAGAAGCUUUGCCAGCUUCUUGAUGACUACACCCAGGUCCUUGUGGCGGCUGCUGAUAAUGUUGGUUCCAACCAGCUCCAGAACAUUCGUCAGGGGUUGAGAGGUGAUUCGGUUAUUCUGAUGGGGAAGAAUACCAUGAUGAAGAGGUCUAUUAGGAUGCACUCUGACAAGACUGGGAAUAAGGCUUAUUUGAACUUGAUUCCGCUGCUUGUUGGAAAUGUUGGUCUGAUCUUCACAAAGGGUGACUUGAAGGAAGUUCGUGAGGAAGUUGCUAAGUACAAGGUUGGAGCUCCGGCUCGUGUCGGUCUUGUCGCCCCAGUUGAUGUCGUUGUUCCCCCUGGCAACACUGGUCUCGAUCCGUCUCAGACCUCCUUUUUCCAGGUUCUUAACAUUCCCACCAAGAUUAACAAGGGUACCGUCGAAAUUAUCACCCCCGUGGAGCUCAUCAAGAAGGGUGACAAAGUGGGUUCAUCCGAGGCUGCUCUUCUCGCCAAACUUGGCAUCAGGCCAUUCUCGUACGGUCUAGUCGUUCUAACCGUGUACGACAACGGUUCAGUCUUCAGCCCGGAGGUGCUUGACCUGACCGAAGAUGACCUGAUUGAGAAGUUUGCUUUGGGUGUGUCCAUGGUCACUUCUUUGGCCUUAGCUAUCCACUACCCAACCAUCGCUGCUGCACCGCACAUGUUGAUCAAUGGUUACAAGAACUUGUUGGCUGUUGCAGUCGAGACCGAAUACUCUUUCCCAUUGGCCGACAAAGUGAAAGAAUACUUGGCUGAUCCAAGUAAGUUUGCUGUGGCGGCACCGGUUGCUGAGGCUGCUCCAGUUGCGGCUGCUGCAACUGCGGAAACGAAGAAGGAAGAGCCGAAAGAGGAGGAAUCUGAUGAUGAAGACUUUGGUAUCAGCUUGUUUGAUUAAAUGAUUUUAUGGGAUCUUUUUAUCGCCUUGAGACAUUUUGCUUAGUGUUCUUUUGAGAAGUUUGGUUGUUUUUAUUUUGUUUUGUUUUGGAACAAUACUUCUUCCGUCUUGUUGUUUGGAUAUGGAUAUUUGCUUUUGAGAAGCUAAGUUAGUGUUAUGUUAAUUUAGUUUGAUCUAUUA